CGCUUGGGGUGGCGAAGAGAACUCCGAGUGAGUUAAGAGAGAAGUGGCGGGGGAUGAAAGGCGAAGCGAGAAAAGACCUUGGAAAAGAAAAAAAUUCUCACAAAAAAACUGGAGGUGGAAGACCCCAUCAGCCGUUGAAGCCAACAGUCCAGCGAAUACUUGAGUUGUUUGGGGAUGAACCUAGCUUUUGUGGGAUACAAGGGGGGAUUGAAUCAGGAACAAAUACAAAUUGGGAUGCCCUAGAUGAUCAUACCAUGGAGCUCCCUUUUGCUGAGGCAUGUUCAAGUCUCCCUAUUCCUCCACCUGCUGUUGGUGAUGUGCCACCAUCAUUUCUUGAAAAGAUUCCACUACCAGUGGUAACAGUCCCUCACCCAGCAACUGUUACAACACCUCCUGCAGAUGGUGCAGCAACUAUUACUAUUACAACACUGCAUGAAGCAGCAAACCCAACCCUACAAGCAUCUGGCUCAGGAACACUUCCUGCAGAAGACCCAGAUAUACAGGAGUUCUUCCUCUUCCUGAUCAAUUGGCUCAUUGUGAUCAAUGGCAAUAUUAUGCAAAACGCAACAUGCGACAACGAUGGUGCACACCCUCUCUGGACACAAUCUUACUUCACCAUGCAAAACAUGAAAGCGUCGUUUCAGGACCCCAAAAGUCCUCUCAAUAAUACACCUUGUGACCCUGUGUGCUCGAUUAAAUCGUCGCUGGGGCUGUGUCUGUGGUUCUGGGUAUGGGGUCAUUAAAUAAGGCAUACAGGCAUAGCCACUAUCACCUAAGAGAACACCAUUUUCAAAAUUGGUCCCUUCUAAAUUGCGGCCAAUAGAUGAUGUUCUAAAAAUGUGGCUAUCAUGAGUUGACCCAGGCCAUUUGGCGACAAUAUUGGUAAAUUUCCCUACAAGAUAAAGUGAAAAUAAAUUUCAUUUCUAAUUUGAAGAGGGGGGGGGGCUUCAUGGCAUAAUGUGAGUGCGUGUGUGAUU